ACUCCGCCCACACGUGAUGUCUACACGUGAUAUUGUAUGGAAGCAGUCAAGCAGGUGACAGUCAUCAUACUCUGGUGUGGUGGGAAGAUAGCUUACUCGUCAGCUCGCUUGCUUUUCUCGACACUACAGAAUUUAUCCAAACGAGCUCUUCAAGUUCCAUUGAGUAUGGAACUCUCAAAAAUCGCAAAAAAUCUGGUUAAAUGUGUAACAACAGGAGAGAAUGUUGCUAUUGAGACAUUUUACCAGAAGCAGCCAUGUGUAAUAACAUUCAUGAGGAGGUUUGGAUGACCCUUCUGUCGCCUUGGGGCGAAACAAUUGAGUGCCAUUAAACCUCAGCUUGAUGCCAACAAUGUAAGAUUAGUUGGUGUCGGCUUAGAGGAAUUAGGCCUUGAGGAUUUCCAGCGUGGAGAAUAUUUCAAUGGGGAUUUGUAUAUAGAUAUGAAAAAACAGUGCUAUAAAAGUCUUGGUUUUAGAAGAAUGAAUAUAUUUAAUGUAUUUCCUGCCAUUUUUUCCAAAGCAUCAAGAAGUGCAAUGUCUAAGGCCAAGGAAGAUAAAAUUGAUGGAGAUUUUAAAGGUGAUGGUUUUCAAAAUGGUGGAACUCUGGUCAUUGGAGCAGGAGGAAAAGUUUUACUGAAUUUUAAACAACAAGAGCCAUCAGACCAUGUCAGUCCUAAUGAAGUAUUAAAAGUGCUAGGUAUCCAGGAAACGGUGGAAUAUCCAGAGGCCCAGGGAGCCUCUUGUCCAUUACCUCAAUCAAAGGAAGAAACUAAGCAGUCAUAGCAUAUUGUCAAGUUGUUGUUGGGAAGCCAAAAGUUGUGACACUUUUCCAUCAUUUGUUCGUAAGUCACAGAUCUGACAGAGUGUAGUGUCAUGACGUAGGAUUCCUGAAACCAUAACAAUGGGAGGAGUCUAACUGAGUUAUCUACCUUGACUAAGGUUGAUUACUACCAGGUGUCGCCUCUGUGAUAUAUGCUUGAAUGGUGGAAUUGUAGUUUUAUAAAAAGGAUUUUAAAUGGAGCAUUAUAAUAUUUAAACAAUUUCAAUAUUAUGUAUACAUAUUGUCUCAUUAGUGCUAAAUGUGUGCUAGGUUUAUAAAUGUAAGACACUCUCAGUUGCCUUGAUCGUAAAGGUUUGGAUUAUUUAAACUAAAACUGUGUUAAGGUGGUACCUAACACUACAGGGAGAUAACUGUAAAAUCAGCAAAACGUUUUAAUUAUGUUGUGUUGUAAAGGGAAUAUUAAGCUGUUCAAUGAUCAAAAUAAGUGUAUGUCAAACUGCUUUAUAACCAGUGUAAUUUUUCUGAUAAAACAGUUGGUUCAAAUUUUUUGAAAUUUUUAUUUUUUUGUCAAAGGGUUAAAGUAAAUACUUUGUCAAAAUUUUAUGCAAAUUAAACGAGCCAAAUUAAUUUUGGUUAAAGUGUUAGGUACCACCUUAAGUUCUUUCAUGAUGGGAGUUUCAUCCCUUUGGCAUACUACAUAUGAUAUUUUAUU